GUAUUCUGAAGGACAGCAUUGUUGAAUAAUUUGAAUAAUCACGCGAGUCAUCAUUUAAGCAGGAAAUGACGGCAAUUACACCUAGAUGGCGACAUGUGACACUUACGACGCGUUGCUCAGACAUUGCAUCAUCUGCUUAGCCAAGUGGUUCGUAUCGAUGUGUCGCUGCAAGUUCUGAAAUACACAUGGAUAACAGUUUGAUACAAGUGGUGGAUUAUCCUAUUUGUUAUACCGACCUAUAGUGAACGAAAUUCAGCGCAUUAUUCAGCAAAUCUCUGCGGAAAAUCAAGAGCGACUCAACGAAUCACAAAGAUGGCGCCAAGAAAUAAAGAGAACAGCGGAGCCAAACGUAAGAAGCAUGUAGAAGAUGAGGGCGACGAGGAUUAUCGAAAGCGCCGGGAUCGGAAUAAUCAGGCUGUGAAGCGUUCCAGGGUGAAGAGUAAAAUACGCACUCAACAAACCUUGGACCGGGUAAAUCAGCUGAAAACGGAGAACGAAUUGUUGGAGGAGAAGAUUAAAAUGCUUAACAAGGAGCUAGGGUUUCUCAAGGAUCUCUUUCUUGCACAUGCAGGUUCCAGUCAACACUCUAUAAACAUUCAAGAUCUAGAUCUAAACGCCAUUCUAGCGGAUGACAAAUCCUCGGAAGAUCAACUGAAGACGACCACCAAGCUGUAGACCAAUGCAAGCGCCACGUGAAAGAAUCGACGUGGUAUUGAGUCUGAAACGCGAAGAAGUGCUCUGGCGCAUUUAAUCGAAACGACGGGCAUCUGGGAAAGAUGUCUCUGAAAUUCAUUGGAAUAGACUUUAGACGUUGCAAAGGCGUUUCCUAAACGCAGGUCCUUUGAGUUGCAACAUUAUCAGAGAAUUAUUACCAGCUAAAUUUACAGUUUAUCGCGAACUAGCAAGAACGCCGGAGAUAUGGCGCGGUCACCUAAACUUACGAUAAAUCGGAGAUGCAAAAGAGUUCACCGUGGUCGUCAACUCGUGGAACUAAGGCGAUUGAUCUAAUAAACAGUGCAGCAAUUAAGUACUGCGCGAGUAUGUACAUAUUGUACAUACUAGAUUGUUGUGUGUACAUAUUGUACGUACUAGAUUGUGUGACACAAGUCACAAUCUUGUUUGUAAUAUUCAUCUUGAAAGGUCACUCAUUAUUUCAAAGAGAAUCUUUGAAAGUAACUGAAAAAUAUUUAACACCUAUACUUACUGAAUACAUUAAGGUAAAAUUUCGUUUUUUUAUUAUAUAAUUUAUAAAUUUUUAUAGAGAUUAUUUAUUGGGAAACUAAUUUUUCAAAA